AUGAGGUGGCGGCUCCUGUGGCUCCUGUGCGCCGCCGCCGCCUGGGCGGGCGCCGGGGGCAAGACGCUGCGGGGCGGCUUCGCCAGCGCCGCCGCCCGCCUGGAGCCCUGGCGGCCCGUGGCGCGCUUCCAGUUCCACGGCAAUCAUGCUGUUCUGUGUGUCAGAAUCAACAACAUAGCAGUAGCUGUGACUAAAGAAGCUAGACUUCACCUGUUUAAAGCACAGGAAUGGCAGAAGCUGCAGAAUGGUAUCCAACAACACAGCUGUACAGAGAAAUUCUCUAAAGCUCAGCUGAUAAUGACUGUGAACCACACAGAGCAAAAUCUGACAGUGUCCCAGAUUCCUUAUCCGGAAACAUGGUAUGUGUUUUAUGUAGACAAGUUUACCUGCGAGGAGAAUUUUUCUGAAUCCGAGGAUAUUCAGUUUGAAAUGGUCUUACUAAACCCAGAUGCAGAAGGGAAUCCAUUAGAUCACUUUAGCGCAGGGGAAUCUGGACUACAUGAAUUCUUCUUCCUGCUUGUCCUUGCAUACUUCUUAACUGCUUGCAUAUAUGCACAAUCCCUAUGGCAAACAAUUAAGAAACAUGGACCUAUGCAUACUGUAUUAAAGGUGCUGUCAAUUGCAUUACUGUUGCAGGCUGGUUCAGCUUUUGCCAACUACCUCCAUUUCUCAAGGUAUUCUAAAGAUGGAAUAGGAGCACCUUUUAUGGGAAGUCUAGCAGAAUUGUGUGACAUAGUCUCUCAGAUACAAAUGCUGUAUUUAUUGUUGAGUCUAUGUAUGGGUUGGACAAUAGGCAGAAUGAAGAAAUCUUAUAGCAGACCUCUUCAGUGGGAUUCCACUCCAACAUCUACUGGCAUUGCUGUAGCAGUUGUUGUUACACAGAGCUUUUUGUUAAUUUGGGAGCAGUUUGAAGAUACUAACUACCACAGCUACCAUUCACACCAUGGCUUAGCAAGUGGACUGCUUAUUGGCCUCAGAGUUUGCCUAGCUUUGUCACUGGCUGCUGGUCUUUACCAGAUCAUCACAGUAGAGAGAAGCACGCUGAAAAGGGAGUUCUAUAUCACCUUUACCAAAGCCUGCAUUCUCUGGUUUUUGUGCCACCCAUGUCUUGCAACCAUUUCUGUAAUAUUCAGAGAAUAUCAAAGAGAAAAGAUUAUUACUAUAGGUGUUAUCCUCUGUCAGUGCAUCUCCAUGGUUAUCCUCUACAGACUUUUUCUGUCUCAUAGUCUAUAUUGGGAAGUAUCUUCACUGUCAUCAGUGACAUUGCCACUAACAGUAUCCUCUGGACAUAAAAAUAGACAUCACUUCUGAGAUGUUUAGGAAGAAUAUGUUAUGUAAUAAAUGUGCAAUAAUGACUUAAAUAUACAGAUGCCUUUGUCACAGGUUUGAGACGUUGGUUUCAGUGGAAAACUGAAUGAUAAUAUGAGAGCUCUUCACUGACCUUCACUCUGACAAGGUUCCUAGAUUAAUCUGUGUUGUGGAGUGGAAAAAUCCAAAAUCUGAAUACUUCUAUGAAGAUUGUUUGUGUGGCAUGUGGUGCUGUGCUACGUGACAGAAUGACUCCUUUCUCUCCCAUUAGCAGACAUGAAAAAAUCCUUACUUUAUAUCAAUACUAGGUUUGAAAGUCUUAAAAAACGCAGUCCAUAAAAUGACUACAAGCUCAAACAAGUCGGAAAGAGGCCAGUUAUGAAAUUGGUGUUAUGCAUAACAAUGAAUACAGAUUCUUUUUAUUUUCAUGCUUUAGAGAAAAUGCAUUUUACGUGUAAGUAUAAAAGAAGGGGAAACAAAAGAGAGAGAGUCUUCUAGGAAACCUGUAUGAAAUGUUUACAACAAACUGCAGGAAACUUUCCUGUGCUAUUGGUAUAAAGCAAGAGCUUUUUUUUUUGCCACUAAUAUUAAUAUUAGUUAAAGUUUUAAGGAGAAUGGCAAUAAGGCUUAUAUCUGCCUUUUUUGAAAUAAAGGUGACUGAAAUACUAGUAAUGAAGGUCUAAACAUUAUCUGUGGCUCAGAAGACGUAGCAACAUAAAGGUAAUUAAAACAGCAGACUUGCGUUUUCAAAAAAAAAAAAAAAAGGAAGGUGGGGGAGCAAAGAAAAUGGAAUGGGUGAUGUGGUGCUAGAAUUUUAAUCCUGAUAUAAUUCAUUUCUCUUACAUUGAGGAUUCAAUCAUAAUUAAGCCAUAUACACAGAUUAAAUUAACAGAAGCAUUUCAAAUAAAUGUUGGUUUCAGUCAUCAACUACCCAUGAAUUCCUGCCCAAGGAUACUUAAUCAGGAUUAAAUUUUCUAUGAAUAAUUGAAAAACAAAAUACUCACUGGAUUUGUUAUAAUCCAUGUUGGCACUGGGUUCUAAGUAGUUGCCAUCUUCCAUCCAUUGUAAUAAAGCCAUAGUACUUUGUGAUGCCCUAGUAUUCAGAAAGCCAGUGUAAAUAUAUACUUUAUUGAAGUGCCUAUUUAUUAAGUAUGAUUAAAUCAUGCUGACGGUUUUUUCCUUUAUAAUAAGAACAUUCUUAUUACCUCUGUGAUCAAAAUCUUUGUCUGGAUUUAGUAAUUUGUUAAAUUUUAGACCUGUUGCCAUGUAUGUGUUUCUUUACAACGUUGUUUUUAUUUGCUAGUAAAUGAAUGUAUGUUUCUUCAUAAUAGUCUAUAUUUAAUUGUGUUUCUUUGAAAAUGUGGAGACACAAAUAGUCCUAGCGUUUCUAUUCAUGUUUGUCCGAGUUGUGAACAUAGUUGAAAUGCAAGUCUCUUCCAUUUUCGUUUAGAGGCAAAGCUAGACAUUUGACUAAGGCAAAAUGGCAACAUGACAAAGUUGCUUGUUAAAUCAUCUCCUUUCUUAUUGUUUGUAAUUCAGAUCAAGAAUGGCAGGUUGAGGCUGGAAGAGAUGAGAUACUAUGAUUUCACACAAUCUUCAGAAUCAUUAAAAGAUUAAUUAUUACAUUCCUCUGAUAACCACACAAAAAUAUUAUUGGUUAAAACUUCAGUCUUUAUUCUCUGCUUAUCUCUGUACUUUCCAUCUUCUGAAGAAAAGAGCAUCUUGUUUUUGAUAAGUCUCCAAUAAUGCAGUAGGAGAGUUCUGUCUGUCCUCAUGUGUGAGAUGUGAAAUUCACACAUCAAAUAGAGAACAAUCUUCCGAUAGAGACAGUAACUAUUUUAUAGUUUAUGAUCUGUUAUAAUAAAAGUUUUGAUUCUAUGCAGAAAAACUGUGUUUUACCAUUCAGAAUAAGCACUCUUACUUAUUUUUCUGGAACUAUUUACUUCCUGUAGCUCUUCUGACUCUAGUCUGUCAGUUUUAAGGUAAAUGAUAUUUUAAUUUCCUGUUGUAAAUGUAUCCUACAACAGCUCAUAACGUGAAUUCAGAAGUCAGUGCAUCUGAAUAUAAAGCAUAAGAUGUUGUCUUAAUCUUUUCCAAAUUGCUACAUAAGUCAAGAGGUAAUGCUAGCCUCCUAGUUUGGCAUCAAAUCUGAUGCUUUGAAAACUUAAUUUUCCUAUUUGUGUAACCCUUAGCAAUUAAGUAUCAUUUUUCUCAUGUAAGCUGUAACAAGGAUGUGCACCUCUGCUCCAGUCUAUUAGCAUUCUUUCAUAACCAGCAAUCACCAUUUUAUGUUGUUAACUACAGUAUGUAUUAAUGAUUUAAUAGGUCCAUAUGACUAUAAUAAUAUUCAGGAUGUCAGUUAAUGCAAUACAUGGUAUCAUUUAGGGAGAGGUUAGGAGACAAUCUUCAAAUCCAACUUACUUACAAAACUUCAUACUUACCUGUGCUCUAUCUUGAAGCCUGCUGUCUCUGAAUCAUGCCUGAAGAAUGGUUUGAAUAUGUGAAAGCCUCUCCUCACUUGCAUUUUCCCUGAGACCAACUGAUAGUACUUCAGGUUUUUUUAAUGCUUACUCAUCCAGUUACCGAUUUUUUCAGUUUGGUUUCGUAACCUCAUCUAGGAAGGACAGCUUCUAGCCUUCUUUCAGUUGUCUUUGAUCAGUACAUUCUGAUGGGAAAACUUUUUCUCUCUCUUGUUCUAAGAUUUGCUUUGUUGGGGGGGAGGAAGAAGAUAUCAGAGUUGAAUCUACUACUUCUGUUACAAACUUCCGCUCUUGUAAAAAAUCAGAGCAACUGAUGAUGAGCCUUGACACACACCAGGUGACAGCAGUAGACACAAACACUCCUUUAGUAUGCCCAUGGUCCCAGUGCCUAAAUAGGACAGAAAAGUCCAUAUGAAUGGCUUUGUGCCAGCUGAAAGCUGCAAUGUACCCAAGGAAUUCUCAGCAGGGAGCCUGGACUCUCCCUGAGAGUCCAGGCUCCCUGAUACCUAGCCACUGCAAAGAGUGAAAUAUGUUCCUUGUAAGUGCAACAGGACCAGCUGCUAACCAUGCUGAACAGAACUAAUUAGUUGAGGUUGAAUGGCAAUGUUUUAUGUUAGUUGUUGUGCAUUACCUGGUUAUGUUUUAAAUAAAGUUGCAGUUAAAAAGUA